CCUAUAUAAUGAGCGACCAAGUUAAGCCGGUCGAGCACUGCGCGCGUGCUCUCUACAGUAGUACUACUCUCUUUCUCGACGCGCAUUUCACAUUUCUUGCUCUCCAAUUCUCUUUGUAGUUCCCGGCGGCGCGUGGCAUUCCGGCCACCAUGAGCUACUUGGGCGUCGGAGUUAGCCCCGGAACUGUUCCGGUCUACCAUGGGAGCAGCUUGAAGGUGUUCGACAGGCGAGUGAGAGUCGCGGAGCUGGUUCUGAGGUGCUUGAUCUGCGGGCUGGCACUCAUCGGCGCCGUUCUUAUUGCGACGGACACUCAGGUGAAGGAGAUCUUCACCGUUCGGAAGAAAGCUAGGUUUACGGACAUGAAAGCCCUAGUAUUUUUAGUGGCAUCCAAUGGGAUCGCUGCUUCCUACUCACUGGUUCAUGUUGGGAGGUGCACUCUGAGUAUGAUCAAAGGGAGUGUUCUCUUCAACAAGCCCUUGGCCUGGGCUGUUUUCUCUGGUGAUCAGCUGAUGGCCUACUUGAGUCUGGCUGCUGUGGCGGCUGCUACACAGUCUGCCUUGUUUGCAAAGUUUGGGCAGAACGAACUGCAAUGGAUGAAUAUAUGCAGCCUCUAUGGGAAGUUCUGCAACCAAGUCGGGGAAGGCAUCGCGGCUUCGUUCAUCCUUAGCAUCACCAUGAUCGUUCUCUCGGGCAUCUCGGCUUUUAGUCUCUUCCGUUUGUACGGCGAAAAUAAGUCCAAGGGCAAUGCAAGGUGAAGAAGGACUAGGUGUUGUGUAGUAUUUAAAUAGCUCUGGACUUUGAAGGCUAGUAAUAGUGGUUGUAGUAGUGUCUUUCUCUUGGUGGCCUUUGUAUUCCUCUUGUAUGUUAAAAAGUUGGUUGCUUGGUGGUUGUUGCAUCUUGUUUUAUAAAACUUUUGAUGUACU